UGGUGGCGUUGACAAUUGAGGUGUUAAGCCAUCUUAAGCUAAUGCAGAAGUGAAAUAUCCCGCCAGCAAUUGCCAUUCACUGAACAUGGGUAGCUGGAUGCAAGUUAAAUGAUAGUACUUGUAGAACAGGUGUCUGACUGAAAGGUAGUGCGUUAAGGAUGGAAACGGCUCACGUAGGCGCAAUAGUCGCUGCCAUCACGGGGGUGCUGUUCAUUCUGCUACACUCCUCCAUCCACAAGAUUGAAGAAGGACACCUCGCUGUUUACUACAGGGGCGGAGCUUUGCUGACCACGCCCAAUGGACCGGGCUACCACAUCAUGCUGCCGUUCAUAACAACGUACAGGUCUGUACAGACAACCCUUCAAACGGACGAAAUAAAGAACGUGCCUUGCGGAACAAGCGGCGGCGUCAUGAUCUACUUUGACCGGAUCGAGGUGGUGAACAUGCUGGUGCCGUCAGCAGUGCUGGACAUCGUGAAGAACUACACGGCGGAUUAUGACAAGACGCUGAUAUUCAACAAGAUCCACCACGAGCUGAACCAGUUCUGCAGCGUCCACACACUCCAAGAGGUCUACAUCGAGUUAUUCGACAUCAUAGAUGAGAACAUGAAGACUGCCCUCCAGAAGGACCUGAUCAUCAUGGCACCUGGACUCACCAUCCAGGCUGUACGUGUCACCAAGCCCAAAAUCCCAGAGAGCAUCAGGAGGAAUUUUGAAAUGAUGGAGGCGGAGAAGACCAGGCUGCUCAUCACCGCGCAGACGCAGAAGGUGGUGGAGAAGGAGGCGGAGACGGAGAGGAAGAAGGCCGUCAUCGAGGCCCAGAAGGUGGCACAGGUGGCUGAAAUUCACUUCCAGCAGAAGGUGAUGGAGAAGGAGACGGAGAAGAAGAUUUCUGAGAUCGAGGACGCGGCGUUUUUGGCCAGAGAGAAGGCCAGAGCUGACGCAGAGUUCUACACCUCGCAGAAAUACGCCGAAGCCAACACGAUGAAGCUGACCCCAGAAUACCUGGAGCUGAUGAAGUACCAGGCCAUCGCGGCGAACAGCAAGAUCUACUUCGGCCAGGACAUCCCCGACAUGUUCGUGGACAACAGCGCCCCCCCUGGCUGGGGGUCGGAGGAGUCCCCCGACCCGGAGGGCGGGGUCAGGCACAGGAGAGCAGGGCACUCGGCAAAGAGAGACCCCAGCCCUGAGAACUGAGGGGCCCCCACACAGAGCUGGGGGUGGAGGGGUGGGUCCUGGGCUGAAUGUAUCUGUGCUUUAUCAGAGGGAGAGAGGCUCCAGCACUCAGCCUGUCACAGACACAGCACAGCCCGGCGUGGAGGUGAUGCCCCAGACACCCAGGGGCCCACAUCCUCCCCCGCUGGGGCCCCCUCUCUCUCUCCCCUGCUGGGGCCCCCCUCUCUCUCUCUCCCCUGCUGGGGCCCCCUCUCUCUCUCUCCCCUGCUGGGGGCCCCUGUCUCUCCCCCGC